AUGACCAAAGAAGUUGAAUAUCCUUAUAAAGUCAAGGGAGAGAUACCAGCACUUCAAUUUGAGGAAUUCAAUGGUGCCAAAUUUGGUUAUAUGUUCUGGCCAAGUAAUGAAAAAGUUGUUAAGGGAAGAUUACUGCUGAUUCAUGGAUUUGGUGAAUACACAAAAAUAUAUUAUAGGCUAAUGGAUCACUUGUCGAUGUCAGGAUAUGAAACAUUUAUGUUUGAUCAAAGGGGAUCUGGUGUAACGUCACCGGGAAAACAAAAAGGUGUGACCAAUGAAUAUCAUACAUUUAAUGAUUUGGAUCAUUUUAUUGCCAAAAAUUUGGAAGAAUGUCAAGAGAAUAAUAAUGUACCAUUAUUUCUUUGGGGUCAUUCGAUGGGUGGUGGGAUUUGUUUAAAUUAUGGUUGUCAAGGCAAAUAUAAAGAAAAAAUUCAUGGCUACAUUGCAUCUGGACCGUUAAUUAUUUUGCAUCCACAUAGUGCACCUAAUAAGCUGUCUCAAAUUAUGUUACCAAUGGUAGCUAAAAUGCUACCCAAGAUGAGAGUUGAUACCGCUUUAGAUUUAAAGGGUAUUACAUCGGAUGAUACUUACAGAUCAUUUCUUGGUAAUGAUCCAAUGAGUGUUCCGUUGUAUGGAUCGUUUAGACAAGUCUGUGAUUUUCUUGAACGUGGUAAAAAAUUGUAUUACGAUAAGGAUCAGUAUGUAGAAAAGACGUUCGUUGAUAAGCCGGUGAUAAUUAUGCAUGGUCAAGAUGAUAUGAUUAAUGAUCCAAAGGGUUCUGCAAAGUUCAUCGAAGUAUGCCCUUCAAAUGACAAACAAUUAAAAUUCUACCCAGGUUUAAGGCAUUCUAUCUUGUCAUUAGAAACCGAUGAAGGCUUUGCAAGUGUUUAUAGCGAUUUAAAGAUGUGGUUAGACUCUCAUAUCUGA